AACAUAGCUGAAACUGAGUGUAAAGGACAACCCCGAUGGCAAGAUAUACGAGCCUGGUGAUGAAUUUGAUCUGGUAGUUACUGGAGAUCCGAGUGCUAAGGUUGGUCUGGUCGCUGUGGAUAAGGGUGUCUUUGUCCUCAACAAGAACAGACUCACGCAGUCCAAGAUCUGGAACCUUAUAGAGAAUUAUGACACGGGCUGUACAGCAGGCAGUGGGAAAGACAGCAUGGGGGUUUUCUACGAUGCAGGACUUUUGGUUCAGUCUGAUAAAGCAGGAGGCACCAAGGAAAGAACAGAUAAUCAAUGUCCCAAGCCACCAAAGAGAAAACGGAGAGCAGAGACUCUUGUAGAAAUCACCCAAACAUUGGUUGGUAAAUAUAAAGAUGAUCUGAAGAAAUGCUGUACAGAUGGAAUUAGGCCGAACAGGCUGGGUUACACAUGCGAACGGAGAUCUGCGUUUAUUGUGGAAGGUCCAGAGUGCAUCAAAGCUUUCCUAGACUGCUGUAAAGAGAUCCAAUCCCGCAAGGAUAAGCAAAGUCAUUUGUUGCAUCUGGCUCACAGUGACAACAAUGAUGAUGAUUUCAUAAGCUCUGAUGAAAUUGUCACCGGACGCAGUUCCCAGCUGGCUUUGGGAGGAUAUAAACCUGCCAGCCUGCUCAGGAAACCAAUGUACCACAACAAGCGUCACUAUGGGAACAAACUAUCUAAAGACUCUAUUACAACAUGGCAACUUUUAGCCAUCAGUCUGUCUAAGACACACGGUAUCUGUGUGGCUGAUCCCUUUGAAAUAACAGUAGCAAAGGAAUUCUUUGUGGAUCUCAAGUUACCUUACUCAGCAGUACACAAUGAACAAGUUGAAAUCAAAGCGAUUCUGUAUAACUUCUCCAAUAAACUACAGAAGGUGCGUGUGGAAUUCUUUGAGACAGAGAAUAUUUGCAGUGCGGCCAGCAAAAAGAAGAAAUACCGUACCAUAGUUAAUGUAGACCCCAAAUCCAGCAGAUCUGUCCCAUUUGUGUUUAUUCCUAUGAAAAUUGGGGAACACCAUAUAGAGGUGAAGGUUGCAAGUUCAUCACAUCAUGAUGGAGUAAUGAGAACCCUAAAGGUGGUGGUGAGUAUCAACCAUGUUUAUAUCAUUCCAGACAACCCCAACAAGCUGUAUUUAAAAAAAUCUGUAGCCAGAGAAGACUAAGAAUACAAUAUGAUA